CGCAGGGGACGGAGGCGGGCUUCGAACCCGCGCGCGGUGAUGAAGCGGCGGUUGGCGUUCGAGUUGCGCUUUUCGGCGCAUCCUGAUUCCCGGGCCUGGUAUGUGGCUUGGAGCCCGAGUGGGACGCUGCUGGCUUCGUGUGGAGGCGAUCGGGCUGUGCGCAUUUGGGCCAGAGAAGGGCCGUCCUGGCUGUGCAAGUGUCUGCUGGAGGAUGGGCACCAACGGACCGUGCGGAAGGUCGCCUGGUCGCCCUGCGGCAACUACCUGGCUUCGGUCAGCUUCGAUGCGACCACCUGCAUCUGGAGGAAGAAGGAGGAUGGCUUUGAGCUUUUGACAACUCUGGAAGGACAUGAGAACGAAGUGAAGUCUGUCGCCUGGGCUCCAUCUGGCAGUCUCCUGGCAACGUGCAGCCGGGAUAAAAGUGUGUGGGUUUGGGAAGUGGAUGAGGAAGAUGAUUAUGAGUGUGUGAGCGUACUGAAUGCUCAUACACAGGAUGUCAAACAUGUAAUCUGGCACCCAAAUGGAGAGCUCCUGGCUUCUGGAAGCUACGAUAACAGCAUUAAGCUGUACAAGGAGGAAGAUGAUGACUGGGUCUGUGUCAACACUCUUGAAGGUCAUGAGUCAACAGUUUGGAGUAUUGCUUUUGAUAAAACAGGGGAGUGCUUGGUAUCUUGCAGUGAUGACAAAACUCUGAAAAUCUGGAAAGCAUACAGGCCUGGCAAUGAACAAGGUGUGGUAUGCAGUGGAUCAGAUCUGGCCUGGAAGUGCAUCUGCACCCUAUCUGGGUUUCACACACGCCCCAUCUAUGACAUAUCGUGGUGUCACAAGACUGAUGCUAUUGCAACUGCAUGCGGUGAUGAUGCAAUCAGGAUAUUUGAGGAGGAUCCUGGCUCGGACCCACACCAACCCACGUUUUCACUCACGGCACACGUUCCAAAGGCACACACUCAGGAUGUCAAUUGCGUGGCGUGGAACCCAAAGCAAGCAGGGUUGUUGGCAUCGUGCAGUGAUGAUGGAGACAUAACUAUCUGGAGAUAUGAGUUUGAAGAUUAGUACAAACAACCACUGAGUUGUUCUACAAGACAAUGCGGGCAUUCUCAACAACUGCAUUGCAUUGCACACUAACUGUCCAGUCUUGGAAUUAAUCACCAUGACUACUUCAUGUAACCAUUUUCACAUUUGCACUAAUUAUCUUACCACUUUGUGGUUAUGGUCUGCCUGCUAGUAAAUGCUGUUUGGUGCAUAACAGUUCAAUAAACAUCGAUUUGUUUGUACUUUUUUUUUGAAAGGCAAUUAAAAGUACUGCUCAGCUUAGAACUACUUGGCAAUAGAUUUAGGCCUGCAUUUAAACAGGGGCCAUUGGAGCAAUUACAGUAAAUUGCAAAUACAUUAUUCAUUCAUGCAUCUAUUACUUUGGAGAAAAUUGUGUGCGCUUAAAUGUGAUAGAUUCUUGAAGCUCUCAAUCAUAAGCCAGGAAUUCUUCCUCUCCAUUUUGUGGUAUGUGUGCAUUCUAAAGGAACUGCGAAUAAAGUCUUUAUAAUAUUA